AGAAAGCCAACGACACACUAUGUUUUGUUGGUCGUGGCCCUUUUCAUUUUAGUCUCCUUGGCUGUUUGUACCAACAAUGAAGAAGUGAAAUUAGGGAGUGUUGUAUGAGGAAAAAGUUAUUUUUUUUAAAGCCAUUAAAGAAAGACCACAAUCAAAAUGAAAAUUAAGGAAAAUGUAAUUUUUUUCUACGAAAACUUUUGAACUGAAGCUUAACUAGAAAAGGAGGAAAGGAGCUCGAAAUGUUUAUACAUUGGUUUAAUAACUUAAGUAAUCGCAGUUUGGUGAUUACAAUAUUGAUUUGCAUAUCCUUGAUAUACGUAUCGUAUACCUUUAAUUCGUGUCUCAUUACAAGUCUGGGACGCACCUUUAAUCGGAAUCCACUGAAGCAGUUUUUUAUCUCCACUUCCUUGUGGCCCCAAACUUCGGAGGAGGCCAAUGCGAAUGCCACAACAGCAGCAUUUAAUAAUUCCACCACCAAUUUUACCAGCUCAUACAAUAUCACCAAAAAUUCUGUCCAGCAGCAACAGCUAUUGAGAGAUGAGAUACACAAAAAGUUAUCCCCCAGCCACAUUGCCUCCAAUGGAAGUGUUAGUUCCUCAUCUUCAUCAUCCUUACCACAUAUUUUAGAUGGUUCUCCCAAAUAUCGUUUGUUGCGUCAACAAGGCUCCCGACCAUCGCGCCAUUUACCUGACACCUUGAUAAUAGGCGUUAAGAAAUCUGGAACUCGUGCCCUAUUGGAAUUUAUUCGCCUGCAUCCGGAUGUUCGUGCCGCUGGUUGUGAAGUGCAUUUCUUCGAUCGCCACUAUCAAAAGGGUCUGCAUUGGUAUCGACAUCAUAUGCCCUAUACCAUAGAGGGUCAAAUUACCAUGGAGAAGACUCCGAGUUAUUUUGUCACCAAAGAAGUGCCGCAGCGUGUGCAUCACAUGAAUGCAAAUACAAAAUUGCUUGUGGUGGUACGCGAUCCCGUAACUCGUGCCAUAUCCGAUUACACACAAGCGGCUAGCAAAAAAACCGAUAUGAAACGUUUUGAAGAUUUGGCCUUUGUAAAUGGCUCAUAUGCGGUAGUGGACACCAAUUGGGGACCUGUUAAAAUCGGUGUCUAUGCACGAUACCUGGAAAAAUGGCUACACUAUUUUCCUCUAUCUCAACUGCUAUUCAUAAGCGGUGAACGUUUGAUCAUGGAUCCAGCCUAUGAAAUUGGACGAGUUCAGGAUUUUUUGGGUCUGAAACGUGUAGUUACCGAAAAGCAUUUCUAUUUUAAUGCUACCAAAGGAUUUCCAUGUCUCUUCAAAUCGGAGGCACGUUCCACACCUCAUUGUCUGGGUAAGACUAAGGGUCGCAAUCAUCCUCAUAUUGAGACGGCGGCCAUUGAAAGACUGCGUGAUUUUUAUAGGCCAUUUAAUAAUAAAUUUUAUGAAAUGACAGGAAUUAAUUUUGCCUGGCCAUAA